ACAUGUUCACCGCAGAGCAGUUCUCACCACGAGCUCAGUGAUUGUGAACCGGAGAGGAUCCCGGAGCCGUGACAUAACACCAUGGCCGCUCCCGGUAGCUUGUUCCGCCGCUUAUUUGACAGACAUAACAGUUUAACUCAUCUCAGAAAACUCCUCGUACAGAGUGUAAACGGGAGCGGUGGGCGGCCGUAUUCCAGUGCUACUACGCACAAGGAAAAUGAAGUUGAACUUGGAGACUCGACUUUAGCUGCUCCCAACUUUGCCGCAUCUCUGAAAACCAGGUCGAGACAGGAGAGGCUUAGACCUGACAGCAUACUACCCUUUUCAGCGUUCUUGACUGACAACUUUGGCCGAAGGCACAGCUACCUACGGAUCUCCCUGACAGAGAAAUGCAACCUGCGCUGUCAGUACUGCAUGCCAGAGGAGGGGGUAAAGCUUACACCACGGGGCCAGCUGCUGUCCACCUCGGAGAUACUGACCCUGGCUCGCCUCUUUGUCCAGGAGGGGGUGGAUAAAAUCCGCCUCACUGGAGGAGAGCCCCUCAUCAGACCUGAUGUGCUGGAUAUCAUUGCAGAACUGAGGAAGUUGGAGGGCCUGAAAACCAUUGCCGUAACAACCAACGGCAUAAACUUGGCCAGGCUUCUACCUAAGCUGAAGGAUGCUGGACUUGACCUGAUUAACAUCAGCCUGGAUUCACUGGUCCCUGCCAAAUUUGAGUUUAUUGUCAGGAGGAAAGGGUUCCACAAGGUCAUGGAGGGCAUUGAUAAGGCCAUUGAAAUGGGCUACAACCCUGUCAAGGUCAACUGUGUGGUCAUGCGAGGCCUCAAUGAGGACGAGCUGCUAGAUUUUGUGGCGCUGACGGAGAAGAAGCCUCUGGAGGUGCGAUUCAUCGAAUACAUGCCCUUCGACGGCAACAAGUGGAACUUUAAGAAGAUGGUGAGUUACCAGGAGAUGCUGGACCACAUCAGGCAGCAGUGGCCCAAUCUGGAAAAGCUUCAAACUGGACACACAGACACUGCCAAGACAUUUAAAGUGCAAGGCUUCAAAGGUCAGGUGGGCUUCAUCACCUCCAUGUCUGAUCAUUUCUGUGGCUCCUGCAAUCGCUUACGCAUCACCGCAGAUGGCAGCCUGAAGGUGUGUUUGUUUGGUAACUCUGAGGUGUCCCUCAGAGAUGUCUUGCGCUCUGGGGCAUCAGAUGAGGAGCUGUUUCAAAUCAUCGGAGCAGCAGUGGGCAGGAAGAAGAAACAGCAUGCAGGCAUGUUCAGUAUUUCCCAGAUGAAGAACAGGCCUAUGAUCCUCAUUGGCACCACAGGCCAAAGGCCCUUGUCUCUGCCAGAGUCACAAGACAGCCAGAGGGCUUUCCCCAUUGUCUCCCAGCUUACAAACAACACAUCCCUCUCUCCAACAGCAGCUCCUCACAUGUGUAAUUCAGUAAGCAGGAGAGUGCUGAAUAGAGGGGGGGGUCCGUGCCUUCCAGGUAGCACUUCUUUAACACAGACAGCCCGUGUUUGCUGCUCUAGAACCUUAAUGAGUCGGGGUACCCACACUAAGUCACAUAUCUACAAAGAAGAACCUAAUGCAACAGACGACCUCCACAGUGUAGCACCUCUUCACUCCUCUGAGCUUGGUACUGGUCUCACUUUCACCAGUUGUCACACCAAGACUCCAAGUUCUACUAUACGCACAAAUGUCAUGAGCAGCAUUAACACAGACUGUCUCAGAUACGCACAAGCCAGAAGUCCUAGUGCUUUGCAGAGCCACUUACUCAGGACCUCAGGCACACCCAUGUUUUGCACACUAAUGAAUGCCAAAAUAAACCUUAAACACCACAGUGUUAGAAUGUGCCACAGUCAGUGUUCCAGCGAAGACCCCAGGGUCACACAGUGUGUGAGUGAUGAGACCAAGUCAGGCACAGAUGUGCCCAACAUUCACCUGGAUGAAACCACCAAAGUCCAGCUGACGCAUACAGAUGCCCAGGGCCGAGCCAUCAUGGUGGAUGUUGGGGGGAAAGUUCCCACACGUCGAACGGCUACAGCCCGUGCCACUGUCGUCUUGGGCCCCACUGCUUUCCGGCUUCUUCGAGAUAACCAGCUGGCUAAGGGUGACGCCUUGGGUGUGGCGCAGUUGGCCGGCAUCAUGGCUUCCAAACAGACCUCAGCCCUUAUCCCACUCUGCCACCCGCUCCCCUUAGAGUGCACCUCUGUUACCUUUGACCUGGACGAGCUGCAGAACGCCACGGUCAUCACAGCAACGUGUAGCACUACAGGCCGGACAGGAGUUGAGAUGGAGGCUCUGACAGCCGCUUCCGUGGCAGCACUGACCGUCUAUGACAUGUGCAAGGCAGUGAGCCAUGACAUCACCAUCAUGGACGUCAAACUGGUCAGUAAGACAGGCGGGAAGAGGGACUUUCAUCGUCAUCCUUGACCACCUCCCCUACAAGUUAAUCUGAAUGAGUUAAAGAACUUGAAUGCUUGUGUUUGCUGAUUUCAUGUCAGCUCAGGAGGAAAAUGAAUAACUCUUAAUAUGAGUGAACUGCCUGGUGAAACGACCACUGAUGCAGCGUCCAUGUAUUGUACGCCACAUUUCGUGUUGCCACUGUUAGCUAGUGUCUGAAGGCUUUAUCAUUUGUUUUCCCUUUUAAAAUAUUAAAUAUUCUACAGAUUC